AUGCAGAUAACAAGAAUUGCCGCAUUCCUCUCCCUGGUCCUGCCCGCAGUCCUGGCUGCCGAGCAGGCUAGUGGAGCCUUGGAGCGCCGCAGCGUGGGAGGGCUGGCCAGCGCCGCCACACUAAGGGUCCGCGAAGCCGACGCUCCUGUCCUGGCGGAGCGCUCACCGAAGAAGAAGAAUGGCAAGAAAGGCGCCAACGCGGCCAAUGCGGCCAAUGCCGACAACGCCAAGUCGAAGUCGAGCGAGCCGAUUAUCAAAGCCAGUCCGGGACAAACUCAAGCUGAGGAGGACGCAAUCACGGCUGAGCUGGACAGAGAAAAUAACCCACAAAAGAGAUCGACCGCCCCCAAGGCGGCGAUGAAGAACUAA